AUGGCUGCGCGACCACCGAGAGCGAGCCAACCCCCGCCGCCCGCCUCCAACCGACAGAACGAGUACUUUGUACCGCGAGAUGGCAUCGACCGCGAGGUGAUAACUGCCGAUGUCUGUCGCUACCUCGGAAAUGAUGCCCUUGUACGGCCUGGAGUUUACGAGAGUCCACAAACCGGCCAAGUAGUCCAAGGCUACUACAUUACAGCCUACAGAAACCUGACAACGGCUAUGAUAGAAGACUUGAAGGCAGACUCUGCCCGAUGGGAUCAAGAAAGGCGACAACAGACGUCGCGUGGCCCGGUCGGAGGUACCCAUGCUUCGAGAGAUUCACCUGGAGUGUUUAUCCAGAAAUCUAACUCCCCAGUAGUCCAGUACCGUAACUCGGACACUCAUCAGUCUCGCCAGUACUAUGGACCUACGGAAGCAGGUGGACAAUACCAGGACAAUUCCCGUGAUUCGUAUGACUCUAUUCCGAGAUACCCGGGAACUGGAUCUGCAGGCUACACGGGAGCUUCAGGUUACCAAGCUCCAUCCUACGGUGGAAACCAAGGUGGUGGGUAUGGCCAACCGGGAUACACAACUUCCCAACAACAACAACAGCAGCAGCAACAGCAGUUCUCUCCAGGUCCCAUGGAUGUAUCAUAUUCAGGAAGCGCUCCCAUUGCGCAAGCAGGCUUUAGCCAGCCAACUGCUGACCGGCCUUACCAACAGAUGGGUGCCAAUAUGGCUGCUAGAGGCAGCGACACCGUCAUGUACGGUAGUGACAACGCAUAUCCAUCAGGCCCAAGAGGAGUUCCCGUAACAACUAUUGCCCAACAGGGCCGGCCAACUUAUGUGACAGCAGGAGCACCUGGUAAUGUGCCGGGCUUCCCACCCACAGGUACCGCAGGCGGUUACUACCAGCAGGCUCCGGCCGCUUCAUCGCAAUUCGUGCCAUCCGAUUCAAGAGAUCCCUUCUACGGACGCGCUUCGCCCGCAGGCAACCCAUCCUAUGGAACAUCGCACGAUUCCCAGUAUGACACAAAUCCUGCUCCCCGCACAUCUGCUCCUCCUUCAAGUACUCAAAUGGCAACCAGUGGAUCUUCACGCCAUGUCAGCCGGGAUAGCGUGGAACGUAGCGACCGCCACAGAGAUUCCAGGCACCCUCACCGCAGGCAGUAA